AUGGAGACUUCCCUCGGGGAACCAGACCCGUACAGCAGUGCUGGGGCGCAAAACUGGCAACAAAACCCACAACUGAAAAGCCACGAGGAACAUUGUAACCAUUCACCGGCAAAUGUACGGCAACAGCAAACUUACACACAUGUACCCCAUGGGGCCUCGAAUAGGAACUACCCAGGAUCACAAACAUUGACAUACACCAAUUCCAACAACCAACCAAGGAGAUAA